AGACUUUGGGGGGGGGACCCUUCUCGGACAUACGUGAGAAUGGCAUAUAGCAGCAUUAUGUUCAUGCCAAGAGCCCUGGAAAACAUCUAGCUCUUGGCUUGUUCUGUGUUUCCUUUCUUCUCUCCAAUUUUUCAUUUCCUGCCUUGCUUUUCUGUAACACAUUCUUGCUCCCCCCCCCUUCCCCUCCCAAUCCUGCGACUUCUCUUUGGGCUAUAAAUCCGGGAUUUACACAUCAUGUCUGUCCCUUAUCUUGGGGUAUGUUAGUGGGCAGGCAGCAGUGUGGGUGGGAGGUGUAUAGCUAAAGGCCUGCAAAGGAGACUGAAAGAGGCAGCUUCAAAAGAAAACAGAAAGUCCUAUACAGAGAGCAACAGGAGUGACAGCUCAGGAACCACAGAACAACAUGAAGCUUUCUCAGGCUUCCUCAUUUUUGCCCAUCUCUCUGUUCCUCCUUUUACUUCUUCAGCUGCCAACAUUGCAAGGACAGGCCAUCAACUCAGCUCAGCAAUCUCAACCCUGCGGAGAAGAUUCCUUUCCACUUGACUGUGAGGACAUAUACGAUCAAGGUUCAGAGACAGAUGGCGUGUACCUUAUCUAUCCAGCAGGACCCAGUGUCCCUGUCCCCGUGUACUGUGACAUGACCACUGAUGAUGGAAAGUGGACGGUUUUCCAGAAACGCUUCAAUGGGUCAAUCAGUUUCUUUCGGGGAUGGAAUGACUACAAGUUUGGCUUUGGCAAAGCAGAUGGCGAAUAUUGGCUGGGACUGCAAAAUAUCCACCUUCUCACCCUGAAGCAGAAGUAUGAGCUACGUGUGGAAAUGGAUGACUUUGAUAAUAAUACCGCCUUUGCCAAAUAUGCUGACUUCUCCCUUUCCCCAAAUGCAAUCAGUGCAGAAGAGGAUGGCUACACACUCCAUGUAUCUGGGUUUACUGAUGGAGGGGCAGGUGAUUCAUUGUCCUAUCACAGUGGCCAGAAGUUCUCCACAUUUGACCGUGACCAAGAUCUCUAUGUGCAGAACUGUGCAGCUCUGUCAUCAGGUGCCUGGUGGUUCAAGAGCUGCCAUUUUUCCAACCUCAAUGGCUUCUACCUUGGUGGACCACAUCUGUCUUAUGCCAAUGGCAUUAACUGGUACCAGUGGAAAGGCUUCUACUAUUCCCUCAAGAGAAGUGAGAUGAAAAUACGUCGUGUUUGAGAGCCAAGGCAGCUAGUGGCUUUUCCCAUUCUUCUACUCUAGAGGCCACUUGGAUCUUCAUGUAGACUGAAUUCCCAAUUAUUAAUGUAUUUCAUUACUCUGUUUUCCUACCUUUAGCAUGCAGCCUGCACCAAAUUAUUCCUCAGAGAACACAACUCUCAAUAAAGAUACCCAUUUCUCA